CGAGAUCUUCGAAGAUCCGGUCCGAGCGCGCCGCUUUCGUUUGUUGCCACGGCAACUGGGAGGCGCGAGUGCCCGCGGGAAGGAGGCGCCCACAUUCCUCCCCGCGAGCCCAGGGGAUUGGGAAGUGGCCAACCCUGAGCUCCCAGCCCCGGAGGCCUCGAGGCCAUGGGCCGGAUCUCGGGGCUCGUGCCCUCCCGUUUCCUGACGCUCCUGGCGCACCUGGUGGUCGUCAUCACCUUAUUCUGGUCCCGGGACAGCAACAUCCAGGCCUGCCUGCCUCUCACGUUCACCCCCGAAGAGUACAGGAAGCAGGACAUGCAGCUGGUAGCAGCGCUCGCUGUCACCCUGGGCCUCUUCGCAGUGGAGCUGGCCGGUUUCUUCUCAGGAGUUUCCAUGUUCAACAAUACCCAGAGCCUCAUCUCCAUCGGGGCUCACUGUAGUGCAUCUGUGGCCCUCUCCUUCUUCAUAUUUGAGCGCUGGGAGUGCACCAUGUACUGGUACAUUUUCGUCUUCUGCAGUGCCCUCCCGGCUGUCACUGAAACGGCAUUAUUCAUCAGCGUCUUUGGGCUGAAAAAGAAACCGUUCUGAUUACCUUCAUGAGAGCAUGAAGAAAGGCUGGAGGAGCAUUCGCUGUUCCUGAAAGGAGGAACCCCGCCCCCCCCCCAACUCCCCCUAAAAUGGCAUUUGGUGGAGGAUGUUAGUGUUAGAGUAAUUAACUGUCGAGUCUGGGAUUUAUUAGCGUUUUAUUUAGAGCUUUGUAAUUAAAUCCUAUUUUAGAGUAACCUCAAAACUUAUAAAAAUUUCAGGGGAAAAUUGGUGUAGCCAAACUACUAGAGAAACGGAAGGCUGUUUUCCAGCCUUGCAGACGGGGAGAUAAUAUGUACCGCUUUUAUCGUGGUUAUUACGGUAAACGGCGGAAGGGAGUGGGCGGAGAUAUGUAAAUCAGUGGUACUAACGGCUAAGACUGCACGCUCGCAAGCGGAGCAUUCUGGGAGAAUUUAGUUUAUUCCUUUUGGUUGCCAAAUGGAAAAAACAUAGUAUUUAGAAAGAUCUGAAAAUAAAUGUAGCAACAGAAAAGGAGGGAUCUGAAUAAUUUUAGUGCUCAGGCUAACGUGUUAUUUCUCACCCUAUGUCAUCGUGGGAUCCCUUUCAUGGAGUCCCGAGUGCGCAGAGAUCGCGUUUAUCGUCAGGUAGGAUAAUCCUUACCUGUCCCUCCUUUUGGAGGGCAGAUUGGAACGUGAUGAUUGGAGAUCGCAUGAUUCGUGAUUAACGUCUCUGCGUGAUCAGGACUUGCAACACCCUGAUUGCUCCUAAUCUGAU